AUGCUAAGUCAAUUAACUAGGAGAACUUUGCCAGGCACACUAAGAACUUGCAAGAGGUUAUUUGCCUCGAAUUACCCCGAAGAUACUGAAAAAUCAUCGCCGCGGAAGUCAGAUCUACCCCCACAUAAAGAUGGAUUGUAUUUUGGUCGAUUUACCAAAAAAGAAUACGAAGAAGCAGCAAAAACAGUAAAAGAACAAAUUCUAAAACUUGAAAAUGAUAUUAAAGGAGACUUUAAUGUUAGAGAAAAUAUUGGCAAGUAUCCUCAAUUCCCUGAGCAAGGUCCUUCUGCCAAAGAAAUUAAUAAUUUGACUGACUUUUUCGAACAAACCAUUAAAUUAACUGGUGCUAUAUCAUUAAGUGCAUACAUGAGACAAUGUUUAACUCAUCCUCACUUUGGUUAUUAUACUACAAGAGACCCAUUAAAUUUAAAAACAGGUGAUUUCGUGACUAGUCCUGAAAUUUCAUCGAUUUUUGGAGAGAUGAUUGGGAUUUGGUAUUUCACAAUAUGGCAAUCUCAAAAUCAACCAUCUAAUAUAAGAUUCAUUGAAUUUGGACCAGGUAAAGGGACUUUGAUGUAUGAUAUAAUCAAAACAUUUAACAGAUUUAUUGAUAAAGUAAGUCCUAUAAAGCCAAAAAUAGAACUUGUGAUGAUUGAGGCAUCAGGAGUGUUAAGACAGGAGCAAUAUAAAUUACUAUGUGAUGGAAAUGCUAGCAUUCUUAAACCUACGGAUCAAGGGUAUCAUGAAUCUACAACAAAAUGGGGAAAUCCAAUUACUUGGGUAGAUACAGAAAAAAGUAUAGAUCACAAUACAAAUUUAACAAAUUACGUGAUAGCUCAUGAGUUUUUCGACGCGUUACCUAUAAAAUCAUUUAUCAAACAAGAAGAUGGUUGGAGAGAGUUAGUAGUGGAACAUACUCCUAGUGUUAAUAAUGAUCAAUUAAAGCUUGAAACUACAACUAAGGCACAUGAUAAUCCUACUCUAGAAACUGCAUUCCAUCUUAGUAUAUCACCAAAGGAAACACCAUCAUCGAUGAUACCCAAAAUAAGUAAUAGAUACAAAGACUUGCCAAUUGGUUCAAGGAUUGAAAUAUGUACGGAGGCCGAAUUGUAUAUAAUGAAAAUUGCUCAAUUGGUUGGUGAAAAGUCAGGCGCAGCAUUGAUAAUAGAUUAUGGGGUUGUAAAUGAAAUUCCAGAAAAUUCACUAAGAGGGAUCUAUAAACAUCAAUUUGUAUCACCAUUUUAUAAACCUGGAGAGGUUGAUUUAUCAAUUGAUGUAGACUUUUCCAAUUUGAAAUCACUUGCUGAAAAUUUGGUUCAAAUUGAAGGUCCCAUAACCCAAGGUGAAUGGUUGACUAAUGUAGGUAUUGGAUAUAGAGUUGAUCAACUAAUUAAACAAAAUAGUUCAAAUGAAGAACUACAGGAUCAAAUUUAUGGUGCUUACAAAAGAUUGGUUGAUGAUGAUGAAAUGGGGAAAAUUUAUAAGUUCAUGGCGCUUUUACCCAAAGGUUCUGAGAAAAGUGUAGGAUUCUAA